CAGUGAGCAUCAAGGACUCAGAGACAGCCGGGACGCAGUCAGAAAACACCUCUGUUGAACCCCGUCUGUGUAAGGGUGAGACCAUCAAAAACCUCGUCCUGCCAAGUCAGGAGCCCUCUCGUUUCCCUCCUCUUCCACCUCUAAGGCAGCAGUCAUGAACUGGUCUGCUCUGGAGGCCCUCCUCAGUGGGGUCAACAAGUACUCCACCGUGUUCGGCCGCGUCUGGCUCUCCAUGGUCUUCGUCUUCAGGGUGAUGGUUUUCGUGGUGGCGGCUCAGCGAGUGUGGGGCGACGAGAGCAAGGACUUUGUCUGCAACACGGCCCAGCCCGGGUGUCUUAACGUGUGCUACGACCACAUCUUCCCCAUCUCCCACAUCCGCCUGUGGGCCCUGCAGCUCAUCUUCGUCACGUGCCCGUCGCUGAUGGUGGUGGGGCACGUUAAGUAUCGGGAGAAGAAGGACAUGCAGUACACAGCCUCGCACAAGGGGGCACACCUCUACGCAAACCCUGGGAAGAAACGCGGGGGGCUGUGGUGGACUUAUCUGGUGAGUCUGAUUUUCAAAGCGGGCUUCGACGCCGGCUUCCUCUACAUCCUCUACCACGUCUACGAAGGCUACGACAUGCCCCGCCUGUCCAAGUGCUCCCUGGACCCCUGCCCCAACACAGUGGACUGCUACAUAUCCCGUCCGACGGAGAAGAAGAUCUUCACCCUCUUCAUGGUGAUCUCCUCUGCCUUCUGCAUCUUCAUGUGUAUCUGUGAGAUGAUUUACCUCAUCUGCAAACGAAUCCAGAAACUCAUCAGGAGGAAGACAGAGGCGGAUCGGAGAUUGUUCGCCGAGAGUCAUGAGAUGACGCCGCUGGCGGCUCCGAGGUCGGAGUUCAGGUCCAAAGCAUCCAUCAUAGUGGAUCCUACGGUGUCCAUCCAAAACCUCAGUAACAUCAAGGCAGAGGAGAAACCAUCUAAGAAAAAAUAGCACACAAUGUUGAAAAACUGAGCUAAGCACUCAAGGGACAAGUGCAAUCGGAUGCAUUCAUCAGACUCAGAGCUGCUGCUGAACAGCAAAGAUAUUCAUCAAUCCAGGGAUCAGCUUUUUGUAAAUAUUAGCAUGUUUAAUGACUUUCUGCAGGAAGGCACGACUCCUGCAUGCAAAUGAACCUCUCGAACACCGAGAUUGCAGAGGCAGUGUAAGGGUUGAGAGUAUUUUUAAAGACAUGGCUGUGUUGUGAGGUUUAGAAUUGUACAUAUCUGUGUUUGUGAUUGUGUUCAUGUCAGUAAACUAUCAGGUACUCUGUAAAUGUAACUGUCUGUCCAGAGGCCCUCAUUGAAGUUAAAGCAGUAGAAUGAGCGUAAACCCUUUCCCUGCACGUACACAGAGCACACUAAUGAAUAAACCAACACAAAGCACACAGAGCACUUCUGUAAGGGGAACAAAGUCAUCAGCAGGAAGCACUUGAGC